ACUCUUUUCCUCCCCCAUGCCAGGCAGCUCUGCCAUCAUCCCUCCGAGCUGUGGUUUCCUUCAUUUUCAUACCUACUCAUGGAGUCUUCAGAUACGGUUCCCUUAUAGUCAGAAGGUGUUCAGCAAGGUUCUCCACGGAUCUGCUCAACUAGAAGAUACUUGUCAGCGGUUGGUGAAUAGGAUGCCUAUCAACCCGAAGCUAGCUGUAUUCGAGAGCACACAGGAGAGGUUCGAGGUUCUUCUUCGACCCGAGUUGCGAUCAUCUUAUCCAGUGGGUGGUGGCCCUGGAUCGUCUUUUCAUCAGCUACCCAACCGAAAUGUUCCUCAACAGAGUUAUGUUCCUGAUGAUCCUGGCGCUGAUUUUAUUGCGGAUGACCAUGAUCUGGGGUGCAAUAAAUCUGUUCGCCGUAUGAGGAAUGCUUCUGAUGAUCGCACCGGGGUUGUAGAUCACCAUAGGAAGAAGUUUCGGUCCUCUCACCGCUCUUCAAAGGAAAAGAAUAGUGCAGCUGAUAAUUCUAGACGAUUAACCGAUUAUUUCCUUACCCAGGAUGGCACAGAGGUAUGUGCCAAAUAUUAA